AUGCAUCAGCUCUUACUCUUAGCGGCAUUGGACGAAAAUGCAAGUCAAAGAUCGUUAUGGAAGUUGAAUCGUGAAUCUUCUUUUUGGGAAGUCAGUUGUAAUAACAAUGAUGACCAUUUUUUCAAAACACAUUUUCGCAUGGGACGUGCAAGUUUUGACGCACUCUGUGGCUUUCUUGGCAAUUUAAAAAAAUCAAAUACAAAUUGGCGCACAGCUAUUUCAUUGCAAAAACGUGUGGCAAUCGCAUUAUUUGCUCUUGGAACAAGUAAGGAAUAUAGAGUAGUAUCUGAACUGUUUGGUGUUGGAAGGUCUACUGUGUGCACCAUAUUAUCUGAGUUCUAUGAAGAGGUUUGGCAAGCGUUGUAUGCGAAGUAUCUAAAAAAGUUACCUCCCACACCAGAGGCUGUAGCAGAUCUUGUUGAUGGUUAUAGUCGUCUAGGCUUUCCACAAUGCCUAGGAGCAAUUGGGGGUUGUCACAUCGAAGUUAAGCCGAAUUCAGACGAUGCAAUUGAUUACGUGAACUCUGAAGGAUGGUAUUCCAUUGUCUUAAUAGCUUUGGUCGAUUACAGAUGCCGUUUUUUAUACGUAAACGUUGGUUCUCCAGGACAAUGCACUUAUUCAGAAAUAUAUAAUGCAUCGUUACUUAAGGAGGUUUUGACAAAGAAUGAGCUUUUAAUGGCCAAUACGAAAGAAAUUGGAGGAGUUCAAAUGCCCGUGUGUAUCAUAGGAGAUUCUUCGUUUCCACUUUCCUCUUCACUGCUUGUUCCAUACAUUUGCUCCAACGAUUUAACAGAAGAUCAAAAAGUUUUCAAUUAUAAAUUGUCAGAAAGUAGACGAGUUGUGAAGCAUACCUUUACCUACUUGAAAGCGCGUUUCCGGCGUCUUGAAAUGGAAAUAGAUAACCGAAUAGGAAACGUGUGGUUGGAGGGCUUGCAGGAAAUAAGACGAGAUCGGAAAAAUCCUAUACAUAAUUUUGUUAAUGACAACAAUCCGGAUGCUGAUCAAUUAAGAAAAGGACUAUGUAGAGAUGCAGUGGACCUGUUUGGUGUAGGUGAGGUUGGUGAUAGAGCCCGCGGUGAUACAGCCCGCGGUGAUACUGAUGGGGGAGGAGGUGACCCUUGCUGCGAGGACGGCGUUGAGUGUAAAGGUGUGAGUAAAGGUGAUGAUAAUGGCGAAGACUUAGUUGCAUAUUUCUAG